AUGAGGAAAGAACACAACGGGUACGAUCCAAAGCUCAGCUUGAUUAAUAAAGGAAAUACUCAUGGUAUAAGCGUUGGCGCUGCGACGACGAAUUACCACAACAGUAGUAGUAAUACUAUUGGCGGAGAAGGUAAGAAUAAAGACGACGAAGAUAUCGUAUCGAAACUGAGACAAAACGGCGGAGGGUGGGGGCAGUCCUCGUCUUCUGGUGGUAAUAACGGCGUCGAGCAACAAAAGUCGUCGUCUGGAGAAACAUCGAGUAGCGCGGGAGGAAACGAUACAAAUUUCGUAAAAAUUGUGGAGGUGAAACCGAUCCAGUCGACGUCGCAGUGGGGGACAAACGUCAUCGCGGGAGGAAGCGUCGGCGGAGAAAAAAACAGAGACGGCAAAGGAGGAGAUUCUAAUGUCGUUCGAGUUCACGAACACGAUCCGAGUUUGUUGGGGAAAACGAACGUCGUUUCCAGAAGGGAAGAGAAAGUCACGCGAAGAGAAUUUCCAAGCUUGAGAGAUUCGUUGGAUCCGAAUAAUACUACCGCGAAUACAUAUAAGAGCGGUAGUACGAAUAACAUCACCGAAGAUGCCGAUCAUCACUGGAAGUUUGAAAUGUCCAGCGACGACCGAGGACGAUAUGAAGAUGGAAACAUGACCAUGCAAAGAAGCUCUAGAAAUACAUCGAAUAAUGGGAGAUCGCAGCAUAAUCGAGACGACAACGGAAGACGACAAAAUGCCGAAGACGCGAGCGCGUUUUUGAAACAAAACAGUUCCAUCGGGAACGUGACGAUUAUGAAACGGAAUGAUAACGACGCGACAUUAAAUAACAAUGCCAAUAACAGUAAUACUACGAACAGCGGCGGCGGCGGCGCAAACAACGACAGAGAAGGAGGAGAAAGCAACGCCAACAAGAACUACGUGGACGAAGCGCGAAUGAAGUUUGAAGAUGAAAUCGAACGCGUCGCGAGAGAGUUGGAGGCGAAAAAACUGUCCUCAAAAUCAUCCACUUGGGCCGGGAAGUCGACACCAGCGACUGCGCCGCCAUCGAACACUGCGAAUCCGUUGCGAAUGCUCGUCGGAAACUCGAAGCAACAACAAGUAGUAGCAGUAGCCGCCGCGGCUGAAAUAGCAGCGGCGCCUACACCGAAUCCUACCAGCAUCGCGCCUCCGUCGGUGCGACGAGAACACUUGACGACGCAACAGCUCAUCGAAAUUCAGUUGCACCAGCAGCAAGAACAGCAUAAACGGUUCGAGCAGAUACUGCAUCAGCAACGCGCGCAUGCGAAGCAACACCAACAAGAAGAAGGAGAAACAGGAGCAGAGUUGUUAAAAACGAGAAAGAAGCGCGGCGGGAGACGGGUGCGAGAAGCGGAAGAGAGAAGAUUGUUAAAGCAAACUUUAGGCGCGACAACGACGACGACAAUGCCACCAGGCGCGGUAGUUAAGGUGCUUUCGAAAGACCCGUCGUCGGGAGUAAACUCGGAGAACAUUUUGAGGCAGAAACCGAGCUCGAGUUUAUCCACGUCGCAUCGAUUGUUGAGACGACAGCAGCAGUUUGAGCAACAACAAAAGUUGACGGAAAAGCUGGAAAAGGAUAUCUUAGAGGUGUCCCUGGACAACGAAGAAAAGGAAGAGGUUGAUAACAACAAGAGAGACGCCGGCGGCGAAGAUAAAUACAACAACAACAUCGGUAUGGAUCGAAGCGCGUCAGGCGCGUAUCUCUCGGGAAAGAUUGAGCCGCUGCGCAUCGCCUCUCCGGUUUUAUCCGUCGAUAACGCGUUUGGGAGCGUUUGGAGUUCGUCCAAGAAUGCAAUGGUAAAUGCCAACACCGACGGUGGCGUUGUUGCUGAUACUGCGAGUACACUGCCUGCUCAGAGCAACACGAACGACGAUCCGUUGUUUGGGUUAGACUCUCUCGACGAGGCCACGGCGACUCCGACCACGACCACGAUCGGUGGAGGAGCGUGGAAUGCCGCCGCGGCGACCGCUGGAAGUCACAACGCAUGGAUCGGGGGUCAACAUCAGCAACAUCUCGCGUAUGGACAACGCCCGCGGUCUGUGCCACCGACUUCGACGGCACAUCUCGACGUCGCCUCGGCGUUACCGGACGACUUAGACGACGAAUUUGGAUCCUCCGAUUCGCUUUACGAUUCGUAUAACAUGAACAAUGGCGGCGAAGAUUGGGACGAUUAUAACAAUUAUCUCUACGCGCAGCAGCAACACACAGGAGCAGCAGCAACAGCAAAAUCUUCGCGAUUUAAUCAAGUUCUCGACGCGCCAAGUUUCUUUCCGGGCGAAGGUUACUCCAACGCGGCUUACGAUAGCAGUCAUCCUCACCAAUCCUCCUCCGCGUUGUCGAUUGAACAGCAAUACCAAAUGUACAUGCAAUCCGUCGCGCAAAGCGGAAGUCAAUCGUAUUACGACAAGAAUCAGUACAUUGAGAUGCAAAGAGACUACGAGGAACAGUUUGACAUGAGCGAUAUGGAUUUCUUGUAUCACGCGAUGCAAGAGCAAGUGGCGUUGGCAUCCGCGACGCAGGCUGGAGGAGUGCAACAACACCAUCAGUAUCACCUUCACGGCCAACAGCAGUCGCCGAGAGGAGAUAGAGGGUUGAGGGGAGGAAGAGGCAACAUGUACGCUCAAAGCGUUGGUGGCGGUAAGUACAAUAAAUCAACCGGAGGACGCGGCGCGCCGCACCCGAAGAAUAAAACCGGAGGAGGUCAAAUUACCUCCCGCGAGCGAAGGCGUUUACAACGUCUGUUGACGGGCAUCAGCAAAGUUGCCGAUCCGAACGCGGUGUAUCCAACGACAACGACGACAACGCUAACGCCAACGAAUGCAACUGAUGAUUACGUCACUACAGAUGACACCGCUAUUGCAGCUAAAAGUAGUGUCGAUGCAGCGCAAACACUCGCUGCGGGAACUGCAACCCCGGUUAAAAGAGGAUCGAGAGGAUCGCGCGGCGGAAGAAGAGGCGCGAAGAAAUCGUCCUCGUCGCCCGGAUCUGCGUAA